AGUCAUAUUCUGUUCAUUUCAUUCUUCACAUUGUCUUCACAGCUCAUCUCCUGCAUGGUGUAGAAGUGAUAUUUUAUUUCAUUUUAUUUAUGUUUUAAUUAAUUUAUCGAUACAAAAUGAAUUCAGUUUUAAAUCCAGAAGCUCCAGAAUUUUAUCCACAUCUGACAUCAGUAACACAGGAUGGAUACACAAAAGUCAGCAAAACAAUCAAAUUGUCAAAUCACCUACCAGCAGGAGUGUCAUACAAAAUAUUCAAAACGUUCACAGACUUCAGCAUCGUGUCGUGUAAAAUGAGCAAUAAUGUUGUCGAACAAUCAAAUGAUAUCGUGAUCAAAGAACUGCCAGCUGUGAAGUUGAAACCAAAUGAUAUCGAAUACAACACAGAGAAAAUAAUCGAUGUCAACGACAACAUUUUGGACAGAGUUAACAUCAACAUUGACAAUGUGUGCAGAGUGAACGCACCAUGCGAGCAGUUUCUGCAAGGCGUCAAACCGACCCAAGCCUGGAGCAACAAGCCUGUUAUCACUAAGAUACAGGUGGGCUCCACGUUGUUCAUUGGAGCUAAAAAUAUACCAAGACCCCAGUUGUCUUUCAAGGACCCCAUAGACAACUCCGACAGCUUGUGGGUCCCAAAGAUAUCAGACAAACCGAACAAUAUAAAGCCACUGGCGCUAAAUAUUUUAUAUAAUGAAGAAGGCGAGGCCGUUGGAUACGAACACCCAUACAAAAUGGAGCUGGAUCUCUACCAGCCUCCGGCUACGUUCAUCUCGCCGGAACCGUCGCCAGCCUUCCCCCCUCCCCUCGAGGCGACACCCUUCACGUACGUGGAUACCGAAGCCCUGAUUGAUGAGUUAGUGACCCAUCUUGACACUGUCGUCGAGCUGGCCAUUGAUGUCGAACACCACUCCUAUAGGACAUACCAGGGCAUCACGUGUCUGAUUCAAAUAUCGACAUUUGCCGGCGACUUCAUAAUCGACGCCCUCGCUGUACGUGAGCACAUCCACAAGCUGAAUCUCUGCUUCACCGACCCCAAGAAAUUGAAGGUGUUCCACGGCGCUGAAAUGGAUAUACUAUGGCUUCAACGUGACUUUGGUGUAUACGUUGUGGGAAUGUUCGACACCCACCAAGCGGCCCGCGUCCUCAGCCUCCCAGGACUUUCACUCAAGAGGCUAUUAAUGAGAUACUGCUCUGUAGACGCAGAUAAGAAAUACCAGCUAGCUGACUGGCGCGUACGUCCCCUACCCGAUGAACUUAUAAAGUACGCUCGUAUGGACACUCACUACUUGCUAUACAUCUGGCAUCGUAUGAAAGGAGAGUUGCUGGAUGCUGUGGGGGGUCAGCAGCAUCUCCUGCUCUCAGUCUUCGAACUGAGUCGACAGAUCUGUGGAGCGACAUACAACAAGGAGGUGAUUAACGAGAACAGUCACAUGGCGAUCUACCUCCGUUCGAAGAAAUCGUUCAAUUCCAAGCAAAUGGCCGCUUUGAGACUACUCUAUCGCUGGCGUGACGCCCAGGCGCGGGAGUUGGAUGAGAGUACCACUUACCUGCUGCCGAAUCAUAUGCUUCUGGCGCUCGCUGAGGCACUUCCUCGUGAAGUGCAAGGUUUGAGCGCUUGCUGCAAUCCCAUGUCGCCAUUCCUCAAGCAGAACCUGGUCACCGUUCACAGGAUGCUGUUAUCGUGUCGCGAGUUGCCUUUAGAGCCGCAGCUGUACCAGAUGCCGGCCGCCGUCAACACCAUGUCUGUACCGCAGCUUUCUUACAAAGUACUGGAUCUGGGACACUUUCCCGACUACAAAGAAGAAAGCAUCAACCUAGACCAGGCAGCGGUCCACCUCGAGACGGAGCCUCCCAACCAGCCAGAUAUACCGGUCUUCAAGGCGUCUGAGCCCGGCUCUGGGUCGGGACUGAACGUGGACGCCAAGAUGUUCAUUCCACCGUACGACAGGUACAAGCAGUAUCGGUCGCUGGCACAGGUUGAAGAAAUAAAAGAAUACAAAGAAAAGGAAGCGAAAAUUGCAGCGAUAUCGAAGGGAAACGAGUACAUAAAGACGGAGGUGUUGAUCAAACUACAAGAAGCGAAGACACUCAUUGAAAAGGAAAGCGACAAAUCGAACGACAAGGAGAUCAAACAAGAGGCUGUUAUAUCCGUGGUCGACGAUGGAGGUCAGACCCUGAGGAAACGAAAGAUAUCUAACGAAAAGGGCAAGAAAAACGAGCCAUGUUCCCAACAAAACCCGAACAAAGCGAAAUCGGAAAAAUCGAAGAACAAAAAUCCAAACAAGGUAAAGAACAAAUCGGAACAAAUGAACGUGAAGCCUUUCAACUACAAGAACGUCAACUACAGGAAGUUCCGCGACGAUUCCGAAAAAGCGCACAAACAGCCCAAGAUGAAGUUUAAAAAACAUAAAUAGACAUUUUAGUUGUAAGCGCAAGUAAACAUAUGUAA